ACGUUUGUUAGCUUGAUAGCUAGCUAGCUAAUUAGCUACAUUAUGCUAGCUAGCUACAAGGCCUAUGGAAAAGAGGCUAGGACACGCGCAAUGUAACUGAAGCUGCGGUCGUGCGUUGUGAUUGGCUCAAUUUCGGCGAGGGCAGACAAGACUUUACUGCGCAUGCGUUGUACCCCGAAGCUAUGACGCGUUUCCCAGCCUCCUUCAGUAGGCCUUGGCUGCUAAUUGUCGGGUUUUUGUGUCAACCGCUGUUUUCGACCGUUGAAAGUCAUGUUUAAAACCUUAUGUAACGGUUGUUCGCCAUGAGCCAGAGAGGAGUAAGGUACUCAAACACAUCCAGCAAUAUUCAGUCUUAUUUUGGCUUUAAACCACACCUUUGACUACUGCAACGCAAAGCAAGGCAAGAUAUUCGUGCCUGAUCAACAAAACUGAUGGAUUACUGUGCUGCUAACCGAAUGUGAGGCUAUUCAGAGCUACAGAAGUAUCCUGUCUGAACUCCAAAAUGUCUAACGUGACAUUUAACAUGUCCACCGACCAAGUUGGGAGCACAGUUCUUCUGCCCCACAGAGAGGCCCUCUCCCCUGAGAGUCAGUACAGCAUCUCGUCACUGUCACCUUCACCUGACACCAACAGUAGUAUUUCAAAUAUGAGUGACAGAGAAACCACCAGCUCCCCUGACAUCAACAUGCUGGAGUGCUGCCUCAGCGACGGCUUCUCUGUGGAUAACCCCUACAACAACACUGUACCUCAAGAUAAUGAAUGCUGCAGCGUAAGCAUGAACCUGAACCAAACCUUUACCACCUCACCCGUUAACAGCAGCGGGAAUAUCUGGAAUGAAAACUUGAGUGUGAUGAGCAGCCUUGAGAUGGGAUCGGAUGAGUACCAGACUUUCAUUAAGAACACAGAGGAUGCAAGUAGCAGUGCAGUGAUGUCUCCAGACUCUGCUGGGAGGGAAAGCCAGCUGAGUUCAGGCGAGACUUCCCGUAGAGGAUCCACCGAGAACGACUGCUGCUCCCUGAGCUCUGGGGAAAUGGUAAUAAGGAGCAACAGUUUUUGUCUUGAGGACCAGUCCCUCUUAGUCUCUUCCCUGGAGGAGUCCUCUAUGUCUCUGGCUGCGGGCUAUCCCGCAUUUCCGGCUGAUUCUAACCUGCUGUCAACCACUCUGCCGGACGUCCUUGAAGAAUCCACAGAAAGAGUCAUUGAGAACAUAAGCCAUCCGUGUCUUGGCACGACUUUCAUUCAUGCAGAGCUCCCCACUGAGGAAAAUGAUAUGGAAACAUCCAACUUUCUUGUAGCUCUACCAAGUGAGAACGAGGGAGGUCUUUCGAUGACCUUUGUCUGUGAAACAUCUCCUGCCGAUUGUGGAAAAGACGCUCAGGUUGCUAGUGCUGAAGCGGAGCCGUUGCCCAGUUUCCCUGGAACAUUUACACCAGAACAAGGCAAGACCCUUGAGUCCACUCUGUCAGCUAUACAAUACACUGAUAAGGAUGUCCAUACUUCCACUCCAGUAUUAAACAUUGGGAACAUGAUGCCUGGCUUCCCCUCCUUUUCAGAGUCUCCCAGUAUUGGAAGCGCAGCCAUCCCAGGACUGCACCCUGCUAAACGGCAGCAAAUCUCUGGGACUCCUAACCGUUUGGUUGCAAGACUGCCGCCUUCAGCCAGCAAAGUCAAGAAAAUGGAAAUUAAGAAGUUUCCCAAGUCCGACUUCAGCAGCGUAAAAUCUAAAGUCGUGACAAGAAGUGUGCAUCAAAUGUCAGCGUCAGGCCCUGCUUCACAGCACAAACCGCCACAAGUUAAUGUGAAAAAUAAACACACUGAAGCACAUAGAGGAGCAACCAUUAGGAUUAGUCCUGCCAAGUUAAGGAGUAGCACUGCAGUUGUCUCACCACUCACCACCACUAAAAUGGUCAAUGAUGCUCAGAGACAGGUGAAUACAGGGGCUGAUAAUUUGGGCUUGAAAACGAUUCAGUCAUCUGGGCACAAUGCUGUAGAUGGACAGGGGAAGAGUAGAGCAUCCCCACCUCACCAACACCCAGAUGCAAGUAAUCAUGCUUCAGCAGUCCAAUGCAGCUCUAAAACUGAACAAGCAGCGUCAAGCCAAGCAGCAGAUGCCGCAGUGCAGCAUUCUGGCAAUCAGACCCUGUGCUUAUCAUCCUCAGAAAAAUCCCCUGACAGAAGUGGCCAAACGGAUCCCAAACUAGCUCCAAAAAAGGGCGUGCUAAACAAAAUUGAGGUCAGGUCAGGCUCGGCUUUAGGUCAUGACAAGCCUCCUGUCCGCAAGUUGCGGCCUCGCUGCUCAUCGGAGAGUUCAUUAUUGUCAUCCAGGCCACCCAGGGAGAAGAAAGCAAGUCUACAGUUUUCAGCCAGCUUUAGCAUUCCCAAAGCUGACACCCACCUGAAGCAGACCAAACCAGGGAACCUGAAUAAACAGGCCACAAACGGACCUGCUGAAAACUCCACCAGAGAGGCUAAGAGGAUCAGCCUGGUGGCAGAAUUCAGAAAAUCGACAACUGCGGGAGCCUCAUGGGAUGAGAGUAAGAGCAGAUUUCGAGGACGGUCAUCUCCUAGACAAACAAGAGGAGCACCACCUUCACUACUUCCAGCUGCCAGUCCCAGACCAGCCACUCUGUCUACCAGGCAGAGGCAGGGAACCCAGGGGAGGGAUGUACACAAAACUAUAGGGACACCACAGUCCAAGCAGAAGGACAGCACAGGCAGUCAGAGAGUGCAGGCAACAGGAGAGCUGUCCCUUGGAACCGCCUCAACAUCAAGUAUUAAGCCUCAGCUGAAUGGAUCCCGACCUCCUCAUACUCCCACUCGGCCCUCUCUUAUGGGCCCUCCCCAUACUCCUACUUCUAGACUACCACGCAAGCCCCCGGGGCCAUCCAGGAGCCUUACUGAGGCCAGUACUCACAUGAGCGAAGGUGCUGGGAAUAGUACACAAGCUGCGUUUAAUGGAAAAGAUAGAAAGCUUUGGAGAAUUUCUGGAGGAGCUUCACAUAAACCAUCCCCUUUCAAAAGUGUUGUGCUGAAAGCUAGACUCAUCACAACCCCUGGGAAAAACACUGAACCAUCUUUGACAGCAUGCAGAUCUGCUGCUCCCUCCAGCAAAGGCGCUUCAAAUUCUACAGUCAGUCCUCUGAAAAGGACCACUUCUGCAAGACUUGUUCGUCUAUCUCCAAGUGGACCUGUGGACAAGAACAAACCCAAGGCCGGCUCCCGCCAGCAGCACCCUCAGCAGCAAGCUUCCCAACCGAACCAGCGUAGUGGACCUCCGGAUGUGGUACCAGAGAGCGUUGCCAGGGAUGGAAGAAAGGACCAGAACAUCAAGCAGCUCAGGGGGCUCCUGGCAGCUAGUAACUGCAGAUUUGAGGCCGCCGCCAUCGUCUUGCAGCACACUUUGGCUGAGCGUGAUGAAGCCACAAAGCGGUGCAGGGAUCUGUCCCAGGAGCUGGUCAGCCUUCGAGGAGAGCUGGUUUGCUCCGUCCAUUCGUCUGAGCGUCUGGAGAAGGAGAAGGAUGAGCUGCGUGUCGCUCUGGAGGAUGCACUGCACAGAUUGCAGGAUCAGCACCAGAAGGACCUUGCCGAGCUGGAGCAGAGACUACAGGCCUUCUAUCAGGCUGAGUGGGACAAGGUCCACCUCACCUACCAGGAGGAGGCCGACAAGUGCAAGACUCUCAUGCAACAGCAGAUGGGAGAGCUUAAAGCCAAUCACGAAGCCAUGAAGCUGGAACUGGAGAGCAGCCAUGCAGAACAGCUGCAGUCUGUUAAACAGCAGUGGGAAAUGUCACUGGAAGAGCUCAACAAAGUCCACAAUCAGGAGCUGAAGUCUUUGGACAAAACUCUGAAAGAGGCAGGAGCCGCUCUAUCUGAACAGAUUGAAGAGCUGACCGCAGAGAACAAUGCUCUAAUUGAGAAGAUAGCUGCAGAGGAGAACAGGAGGAAAAAGCUGGCCGAAAAGAGUCAGAAGGACUCCCACACCCUGUAUCUGGAGCAGGAGCUAGAGAGCCUCAAAGUGGUGCUGGAUAUCAAAAACAAGCAGCUCCACCAGCAGGAAAAGAAGCUGAUGGAGACAGACAAACUGACAGAUAAAAGUGUGAAGUUGGAUGAGAACCUUAAGAGGGUCCAGCAGGAGAAUGAGGACCUCAAAGCCCGCAUGGAAAGACAUUAUGCACUGUCAAGACAGCUGUCGACGGAGCAGGCUGUGCUGCAUGAGUCCCUUCAGAAGGAGUCCAAGGUGAACAAGCGUCUGUCGAUGGAGAACGAGGAGCUGAUCUGGAAGCUCCAUAACGGGGACCUGACCAGCCCCCGCAAGGUGUCCCCCACCUCCACCUCCCCCUCCCGCUCCUUCAGCCUCCAAUCGCCUCGUAGCUCCGACGUGUUCUCCAGCCCUCCCGCCUCGCCCAGAUAACGAUGGGCCCCCGCUUCCAGGAAGCACGCCCUCUCCUUUUGAGUUAUCCCGCUGGAAUUAAGAGCCAUGUUUGUUUCCUGUUCGCUUAGCAACAUCAACAGCCCGACUCUGGCUCCUUCAGGAUUGGAUGAACUCUGACACUUUCUGUACAGAGACACUACGGACUGUAAAAUGUUGCACAGAAGCACUUAAUAAGCAAGGUCGCCUUGUUUUUUGCCUUUCACGUCUGAUAAUAUGGAUGGGGGGGUGGGUGGGGUG